AUGGCGCCGCCUUCCGCCCGCGUCUUCGCGCAGCUGGGCCCGGCCCCGGCGGCCCCGGAGCGCGGCCCCGGCGGGGCCCCGCGGGAGGUUCACGUGAGCGGCAGCGCGGAGCUGAGCGCCGGCCCGGACCGGGCGCGGGUGCGCGUGCGGCUGGGCAGCCGCAAGGCGGCGGCGGCGGCGGCGCGGGGCAGCGUGGCGCGGCGGCUCGAGUACAUCGCGCAGAGCGCCCGGCAGCGCGGCGUGGCGGAAGAAAAUAUGACCGUAACAGAGGAUUUCAGUAGACUAGAAGACACUUACCAAAUGGACGCGGAGGUCUCUAUUAUAUUCAGUGAUUUUGGGAAAAUGCAGACUGUUUGCAAUCUCCUCACGGAAAAGCUAGGGGCCUCUGUCACUGUCGGCGCACCCCAUUUCUACCACACKCCGGAGGCCGUAGACGCCCUUCGCCGUCAAGUGUGCGUGGCUGCUGUUGCGAACACGCGGCGGAAGGCCCAGGAAGUCUGUCGGUUGUUUGGCCAGUCACUGGGAAAACCCCUCUUAAUAAGAGAAGAGGAAACAAAAGAAUGGGGAGGCCACAGAGACGCCCACCUGUCUGACACCUCAGAUUCACURACUCUGCAGGAAAGAAUCCAGAAUGCGACUGUUUAUGUGUCUUGUAGAGUAUCUGCUGUGUUUGAGAUAAAGGGAAAGGAAAACAAAAGAAACAAGUUGCUCUAGAAACAUUCUGGUCACRGAAACCUUGGAUCAAGUGUCCACAUGCCUUCAUUUUUCAACCAUGUUGAAAACCAUGGUUGUUCAUGGAGCAUAAGUACUUGUAGAUUUAGAAGUUUUCAAAGUUGAUUUUACUAGCAUUAUAUCUACUUUUUAUUUUGUCUUUUUGCUUGUUUUAAUUCAUACUUCAACUCUUGACAGGUAGGGCUAAGGUAGAAGCGUCUACCAGCCUACACAGGUGCAAAGGAUUACCCUUGAUACAGUUCCACGUCACCCUCAACUCUUCCUUCGCAUGCAUCACUUAAAGGAAUUACAACAUGGGCUUUGUAAAAAUAGAGUGGUCAGAUUAUUGCAGGAUUUAUUUAUUGCAGCUCUCUGCAGAACUGUUUGAGUGGCAUUUGACCUUUUUCUUAGCUCUCUGCCCUUAAAUCACGUUGCUGUUAGUUCUGGCAGCUCCUUAUAACUGUUUAACUUAUUCCCAUCCCUCUGUCAAAAGACAUAUUUGGCAUUCAAAACCUUAGCUCCUGCUACCUGAAGUUGGGUUAGAUUUAAAACUUUCCAAUUAGGAAACUAAAUCCAGUUCUGUGUAAAGGCUACACUCAACAUGCAGUGUGUUCACUUCUGCUGAAAGGGAUUGUCCAACAUAAGACAAAAACACACUUAAAAAUUUCAGUUUUAUUUCUUAAGAAAUAAUUUACAUCUAUUUUAUCCAUUUCUGAUGGUUUAAAAGGAAGUGUGAUGUGCAUGGCCUGGAGAACACCUCAGUCAUGGGGAUAGGUUCUUUUCAACCAGGGCUGCAUAAUGUACUUGGACCCAUCGUAGCCACUGAAAUAGGCUAUCAUAUCCGAGUGAUGUACCUGGGGAGAUAAUUGGGUAGCAGACAUCAGAGCUAGCACUGCAUAACAAUGGAUGCUUUAAUGAUUAUUUUAAGUUACUCAGUUAUGAUGCUUGACUCCUGUUUGGUGUUAAAUACAAGCUGCGCUUAAAGGCACUUUCAGCAGGAUUUUUGACAUGCCUCAACCCUUGUUCUGAUGGCGUAAAGGAGGUUUCCUCAAACUGCGGAGCUCUCUACGCAUCUUGAACAUGCCCCAUGAAAUAACUAGUGCUUAAUCGAGCCAGGGCUUGAGGCCUUUAAUCAGCACAGUUUCUUAGGGACGCACUUUCCACUUCUUUGGUGCUGGUGGAGCUGUUUUUCAGCUGCUUUUCAGCUGGAUCAGUUAUCUACUCCAAUUAGACAGCAGGAAGAAUAAAUSAGCAGUUGGUGAAGUGAGGGCCGUAGGCAGCAUAAUAUCCAUCUUUAAAGUGCAAAUCCAGAGGGGGAUCCACAUUACACGCUGUGUCAUGAGCCAGAAGCUUACAGGUUGUUGUUUAGAACUGCCCCUUAGGAAAGGGUGAGAAUGAGUUUAAGUUUUUUCUCUUCUCUUUAGUCCAAACCCCCUUUAGGAAAGUAAACCGUCACCUGAACGUAAGGAAGGGAGGAGCGAGGGCAGCUGCAGACCUUUUGAACUAGGCAUGAUAGUACAGUUUGUAAUUAAUCUCACCCAACUUUCAAAGGUCUAAUUUUGCAAGCUUGUUACUAUCAGUUCCCUUAAUACGGUAGGGGGACUCUAAACCUCCUGUGGCUMAGAAAAGCAGCCUGACAUCUUAAGGGCUGGUUUUCACAUGAGGUAAAUGUUUGAGGUAUCUCUUUCUGACCAACUGACAUAAUGGAAGGUGUGUCUUUGGGAGCAGUCAAAACCCUAUUUUAAAUACAUAUGACAUUCAUCUGAGAUGGCCUGGCCGAGUUCCCACGUGUUAGUGCAUCUUCUGUUACAGAAUUUGGCCAAAAUGGAGGCCCAGUUUCAACAUGAAGCUUGGAGAUCCUUCAAGCCACACAGUUUGAUUGGGGCUUUCUAAGGAAGGCAGAAGCCACCACUUUGAACGUUCUCCGUGGGGCAGGAUGGAGCUCCUCAUGUGUCACACAAAUGGUUUAACUGCUCGAGGUUAGUUUGAAUUCAGAUACUGCCACUUUCCAAUUAAAAGGYAUCCACGGCCAUGCUGGCUGCCUUGCGGAAGGGCCGCCUGCCUGCAGCCCAUGUGCAGGAAGGUUGUCCCCUGGACCAGACUCCUCCCAGGACUUAAACACUAACUGCUUUAAGAAUCAGGUGCACCUCGCAUGAGCUGGACAGCAAAUGCUACUGAGAUCAUCAUGCGCUAAACAGAAUUUUAGCUCCCACAGAGCUUUGCAGUCAAGCAGAAAGGGAUCGUUCAGUCUGGGCAGCAUCUGAGCCAAAGCUCUUUGAAAUGUAGUUUUUUUUUCCAAAGGGAAACUGCAAAACCAAUAUGCGUUGCUGGACAUAAUAGCAAGAGAUUAAAUGACCUGCUCAAAUCUGAUGGGUCAGUGAAAUUCUGAAACAAAGUCCAUUCCUGUUCACACUACAAGUCAAGUUGCCAAAAUCUGAGAGAAAAAGAAUAG